CUCGCCUCAGACUCCAGCGCAGGGCCUUCUCGUCUGACCUGCGCGACUUGAAAGAGACACCUCACCUGAAUCAUAUCCACCACCCCAUCCCCUCUUCUCAUCGGCUUCUUCGGCUCCGGCGACCGGCGGCGGCCGUCUCAGGUUACCGAUCUCUAACCCUCCUCCCGCUGUCCUCACUCAACAGGGAUAUGUACCUAAUCUAAUGCUUCUCUUGGGGGAGAUGCGACCCACGACCACGAUUUAAGUUUGACCAUGGAUUUCGAAGGAUCGAAGCAAAGGAGAGAGGAUGUAUGAGAGGUCCGGAACGGCGACAAGGACUCCGGCCCAGUGCGGACCACCGGCGACCUCAAGGGCGCUCUCUCCUAGUCCGUCAAGGGGCACGGGAAAGCAAAUAAGUGAGUGAAACAAGGUCGUGCGAAAAAACACGAAAGCCCGUGUUAGUUUCAAUGGCUUCUUCAAAGCUUCAAGCUUUUUGGAACCAUCCUGCUGGCCCCAAAACCAUUCAUUUUUGGGCUCCAACAUUUAAAUGGGGUAUCAGCAUUGCGAAUAUUGCCGAUUUCGCCAAGCCACCUGAAAAGAUAUCCUAUCCUCAGCAAGUUGCUGUUGCUUGCACUGGAAUCAUCUGGUCACGCUACAGCAUGGUCAUUACACCGAAAAACUGGAACCUUUUCAGUGUAAACGUUGCAAUGGCCGGCACAGGCUUGUAUCAGCUUUCUCGUAAAAUAAGGAAAGACUACUUUGAAGAUGAGAAAGAGGUUGCCGCAUCACUGGAAGGAUAGUGACGAAUGGAUUAAUCGACUGAAAGCCCCGCUGCCUAAAAUUCAGUGUGCCGCAGGGAUGUGUCGUUAUAUCUGACAGGAAUCCAUUGUUUCUUUCCAUGUCCGAAUUGGUUUGUGUCGCUCAGUUGCACACGUGAAGAGAGCAAUGUGCAAAAUUUACACAAACAAGCAAAUAUUUGUUUAUGCAUUGUGCAAAAAAAAAAGCAAAUACAUCAA